AAGAACAAGAGACAGGUGUAACUGGGUGGGAAAAGCCCCAGGAUGCUGGUGAAGCUUUUGCUGCUCUGUAAUACAAUAGGGUUGGCAAAGCUGGUGGAGCACUCAGACCAUCGUGGACAUCAUGAUGGUUCGGGGCACAGCUCAAAGCCACGAGUUUAUGAGACCUCUGCAUACCCCCUGAGGACUCCUCUGUCACACCAAGAAGGUUACUGGGAGGCAGAAGGGCUCAGGGAGGAUACUCAAGAUUACCCUUCAAGUGUGAUUUCCUCACACCAGGAAGAGAGAGGGGAUUUUGAAGCUGCGAGCCCACAGUCCCGAAAUGGGAACUGGUGUUCCUUCACGCAGUCCCGGCUGGUGACAUACAUAGAAGCCUGCAUGAAGGAGAAGUACAUUGUCAACUCCCAACAGCCCUGUCCAAAUGGAACCCCUGACUGCCAGAAGAUCAUGUACAGGACAGCUCUGAAGCCAGUCUACCAAGUGAAACAGAAGGUUUUGAAGUCUUUGCAGUGGAAAUGCUGCCCUGGAUUUAUUGGCAAGGACUGUGAACAGCCUGAUCCUAAUUUUAUUCCGGCGCCAGGAACUGAAAUUGAAGGAGGAGAAGAAGAGUUCUCAAACCACAUGUCAACAUCAGUGGAUUCCAGAGACAUGUUCGAAGUCAUUCAAAAUCAUGAGGCUUUACUGGAUGAUCUUCAAAGUGAUAUUCAUCAAGCAGUCAGCAACUUAGGUGACUUACAGAGGCUAUUUGAGAACAACGGUACGAGCAUGGUGUUAGAAGUGAACCAGAGCAACUCAGAUCCACAGGAAAGGCUUCUGCAGCAAGUUUUGUUUCCCCACGUGGAGAAUUUUCUAAGGAAACAUUUUAACCCAAUGUGGGCAAGCUUCAACAGAAGCUUACAGAACCUCUCCAACAUAGUAAGAAACCUGUCCCAUGACGUGGAAGCCAACAAGAGAAGCAUAGAAAGAUUCCGAGAGAGCUCUGUGCCCAAGAAGGAAUUCCAGGAGCUGGGAACUAAAUUUGAAUCAAAAGUCCAAGAAAACAUAGUGAGAGCUGAUCAGGUGAAAAGAGAUAUAGAGAACCAACUGCACAUGCAGCAGGCCAACAUUCACUACAAUCUCAGCAUGAUCAAGGCAGACACUGACACAAAGCUCAAGAAGUUUCAUAAGAUACAGCAGUCCCAUUUCUUAGCUUUGAACAACAGCAUAGCAAAGGUGAAACAAGACCAAAACAAUCUUGAAAAUAAAUUGGAGACUUUGGAAAGAAAUUUAACAGAACUCUCUUUGCAUCAUGGUCCCAAAGAUGAAAACAGCCAGACAACCAUCAGACAAAUAAAUGACAUUCUGGCAGGGCAUGCAAAGCAGCUUAAAGAACUUUACAUGGAGUCAGAUGUGGCCUUUCAGAAUAUUGCAGUUUUAGAGAGGUGGUUUAAGGAGUUAAAAAAAAAUAUCUCAAAGUAUAGGCCAGAAGAUCUUACAAUAACUUUAACUGAGAAAUCAGUUAUUAUGGAAGAAAACAAUGCAGCAAUGGAAAGGCAAAUAUCAGAGUUCAACUACACUCUGUCAAACCUUCAGGAAAACUAUUCAGAUCUGUUGAGGUACAUGGAGGAAUGUAAUUGCCAGAGAAUAUCUUCUGACACCGAUGUACUCGAGGAAGAUUCAAAGAACAUCACUUAUUCCCUUGAAGACACACAGUCAAAUUUAAAGGAUAUGAAGCACUUAGAGUCAGUUCUCAGAGGUCUCCUGAGGAAUGAAAUUGAAGAGCUCUCCUCAGCUAUCCCAUCUAUCCAUCUGUCUCUCAGUCUCCGUCAAGAAGAAAACAGACAGCUCCAGUCACAAGUCACAGCUUUGUCAGAAGACAUAGGCUCGAUGAAGAAGAAAGAUGAAGAAAUUCAUAGACACAUCAAGUAUCUCAACAGUUCUUUUGGCUCUCUUUUGGAAGAUGCCAUGCGGCAUGAAGUAGCACUGGAGGCUUUACUGAAAGAAGAAUUUGUGGAUGUCUUGUUUGAAGACGAUUUUAGCAUCCUAAUACCAUCAGUAUUUGAGCUGCAAGAAUCUCUCAGACAUAUCUCAGACAAACUCCAAGAACAAAACGUGACUUUGGAGUCUCUUACAAGGAGAUCUCAUCUCUCAGAGAGAGGCCAACAGAACAAUCGUGAUGCUCGUACACCUCCCAACCACCCCAGAGAAGAAACACAAACGCCCUCUGCUCCAGACGAAGUCAGCAGCCAAGGCAGCACCAGAGAGCACAUGGAACCCAACCACGAGGCUGCCAAAGACGACUCCUUGGACAGCUCGGCUUAUAACGAUAUCAUGACUCUGAAGAACGACAUCAAACACCUGAGCCUGGCAAUCAAGAGUCGUGAAUCCAGGAGUGACGCGAAUCCCUGCUGCAAUCACACGAUAGCAAAUGCAAUCGAGCCCCUCAACAGUUCUGUGGGGAUUCUCUCCGCAGAUUUAGCAACCGUCAAGCGGCAUCUGGACGAACAUCUGCUGAUUUUUAAAAAGCUAUUUGGAAGUAACGAAGAAUUAGUUGCCUCAAAGAUAAGUCUGGAUGUUACAAAGAUUCAGUCGAUGCUGAACAGAAAAGAGGGAAGGCAACAGAAAGGUCAAGACAAGCAAAGAGACAAGAAAAGGCCUGAGAAGCACAGAGAAAAUAUGCAAGCGAUAAGUGGAGGAAAUACAGCGCACACAGAACUUUUGGAAAAAGACUCCUUGGUGGCAUUUCAUGUGGGAUUCUCAGAAGGAAAGGAUAAAGAAAAACCUGUGAGGUUUAAUGAAACAUACUUCAAUUAUGGGAACAGUUAUUUCCCUGAGCAUGGCCACUUUAAAGCACCACAUAAAGGCAUCUACCUGUUUGUCAUCUCUGUGGAGUUUAGUUCAGGACCAGCACUGGGACAACUCUCCUUUAGCCGUGGGUACAAAAGAACUCUCUCAAGUAGUCAGAGGAAAACACCAAAUGGAAACACUGUGACUACUUUUGCUAUGGCAGAAAUGGAGAAGGGGGAGACAGUAAGCUUUGAAGUGCUGCAGGGCUCUGUGGUGAAGAGAAGUCCACCUGGGACAACUAUGGGUGGAUUCCUAAUAUCUAAAACUUGAAUAGUGACAUUUAUGUUUUACUGAUCUCUUUCCAUAGAUGCAAUGGAUCCAUUCACUAUUGCUUCAUCUGUGAUGUAUUCAGUCCUACUGCAUGUGUUUAAACAUAGCACUACCCUAGGUUUGUCUUCAUGCUUCUUUUCUGGAAGUGUUUGGCUUUUGAUUAGUUGCUUAUGAGCAGCAAUGGGAUUUUCUUUCAAGUGAAAAGCUAAUGGUUUGGACUCCAAAUGUAUCAGCACACACAUUCCCAAACCCUUCCACUGUGAGAAUUGCACCUAAAUGUUUUGUGGGACUUUCCUCACUUAGAAUGCAUGUAAUUUCUCCUUUCCCUUGGCAAAUACCCCCACCACUGGCAAGGAAGACAUUUUUAGACAGGACUGCAUAUAGCAACUCUGGUACUAUGUGAAUGGUACCUCAAAACCCAGAAGCCAGGGAAAUUUUACCUUUUAGUUCUCUAUGGACCACAGGCAGUCACAGACUAUCUUGGAAACUUCUGCAACUCACUCGUGUUUAGGUCUGUGCACAACAGGAACACCAGCAGAGACCUGUCAAAUCCAGUAAGAUUCACUCUAUGCUAAUAUUUGCAAGCAAGAAUAUUCUAAAUGGCCCAGUCUUCAUUUCUGGGCCUGUGUUGUAUUUCAACUACACUGCAAACAUUUAACAGUAAUAUAACGUUAAGAUGAAUUACAUCUUAAUAAUUUAAAAAUAUUGGUGAAAAUGCAGUUUAUUUCUAAAGGUAAUCUUGAAGACAAUCAUGAAUUCAGCCCAGAGUCCUGCAUUGAGUAAAUAUUUUAAAACCAAACAAGCAAGCAAGCAAAACCAACAACAAAAAGGCAAGGUGAUUGGUCUGCUCUCAUUGAUGAAUAUGCAUUUCUAAUAAGAGUAAACCAAGGAGUAGAAUUUUUGAACCUUGGGAUUUUUUUUUUUUAAUUUUCAAAAAUCUCAAAAUGACCAUGUCUGGUCAUGUCCUAAGCUUUUCUUCUGAAAAAUAAAACAUCCCAAAGAUCUUCAUUGUAAAGAAGUUCAAGUAUUGUAGUAUUUUUCUUUGUUUACCCUAACACCUUACAAAGCAAUAUUAAAGCAAUUAAAUUUGCCAAAUCGAAAUGCACUUUGAAAUUGCAAGUAUUUUUGAGGAAGAGGUAAAUUCUUAUUAUGUAAUUUGUGCCCUUUUAAGGUAGCAUUUUCUAACAGAAAUCUAUCCUGCUGUUAAGGGCUUUUCUCCCCACCUACUUGUAUUCAAACCAACGCUAAACUACAAAAUUUUUAAAAAACCCCAACCCAUUGGUACCAACACAUGUUGCACUUUGGGCAACAGUUUGACAAGCAGACAACACAUAUCUUCUGAAAUAAAACUACAAAACAGUUUCAGUUGGUGAGAAGAUUGCUACUCUCCAUCCUGAAAAAUCCAACAGAGCAAACAAUGAAAAAUUCUCCCCCACCUCCUCCUGGCCAAUGCUGAUUUCCACAUGAGAUUAACAGGCCAAGUGUCCCAGUUUAUCUGGCACAGAGCCACCUUUCACACUGCUCUGCAGCAGGCAGCACACACUGCCUGCAAGCUCAGGGUCAUCUUCUGUCCCACAGAUUGUUCAGGUAUCUGAGGGAAGGGAGAGAAGAAAAAAAUGUAAACAGUGAAAUGUCAGAACUGAAGGGCAGCAUCAAACUGUGACUGGGUUCUUUCAGUACAAAGCUACUAUACUGGGGUGACCCACAUGUUUUUUUUUACCAGUGCUCCUCCAAUUACAGACUGUUCCACAGUUAAAUACAGAUGAGGGAUAUGCAGAUAUUUAAAAACACUGCUUGUU